GUGUUUGUGAGCGUGUCUGUACGCUCUUUUGUGAUAGAAAAAUGACUGCCGUCAUAAAAUGUAACUCGUGUAAUAUAGUGAUCGACGAACUACUAUCGUAUGUGCAAAAUAAAAUUUCGAUAGUGGAUGAAGAUACAUUAGUGCGGAUUUGUACUACGUCGUUUUCGAGUGAGGAAAUUAAAAACUCGAAAUCCCUGCUCUUCGAGUCCAUUUCUACGGACAAAAUAAAAAUAAAAAGGAAGAAUAAAGGCAAGGAGGGAAGAGACAUUAUCGACAUUAUAAACUUGUUUAAAUCAACUGAACCUGAUGUGAUACCUAUUUUUGUUGCUCGUCAGCUCGAAAAGUUACCGCCGAUUUUGUUUGACCACCUGGACUGUACGAAACUAUUGAAGGACUUGCUUAAAGUACAAAACGAAUUGGAUUUCAUUAAAUCUAAUUACGUGACACAAGAUCAGUUAACUAACUGUAAAGAUGAACUGCUCCGAGACAUGAAGAACGAGUCGUUAUUGCCGAUUACUGCACGGAAUGUGAAUAUAAAUCGUGGUGCAUGGAUCUGUGACAGUGGCCCUAUGGGUCUUUCGCAUCUGGAUAAUAGUUCAUCCCUAAAUAAGUCAUUCGACAACAACGGUGGAAAUAACUCAGAUAAUUGCAACGGUUUGCUAGAAUACAGAGAAAUGGAGGUAAUCUGUAAACAACGCGAGUGUGAAUCAGCUGAGCUGCGUGAACGAUCGCCCGCGCUCGUGAGCGAUAAGCGGCCGAGCGGCUCCGACGGCUGCCGAACUACUGAUGUGACGUCACCGCGGCCAGGCAGUGAGCGAAAGCGAAAGCGAGUUGAACGCCACAGUGCGGUAACGGUCAGUGAAGCCACAGAUGUUACAAACGUAAACAGUUCUGAGAAUUGGCAGACGGUGUCUAAGCGUAAAAAGACUAACUACCGUUACCGUGGUACAGCGGGUAUAUCAAGGGAUAUGGAGGGCAAGUUCAAAGCAGCCGACAUACAAGUUCCCAUAUUUAUUACCAAGAUACAUAAAGACACUACUGAAAAAGAUAUACAGGAGUACAUAUACAGAAAAACGAAAGAAAUGAUAAAUCUGGAAAAAAUCUCCUUUAAACAGGAUCGAGAUCAUAGUGCGUACAAGUUUUUUGUAUCGGAGCAUAAGUUACCGGUGUUCCUAGAUAACAAAUUGUGGCCGCAGGGUAUCCUGUUCAGACGAUUCGUGAAUUUUAAGCGGAAAUAUGCGAAUGAUCGUAACUUUGUUUCGGCCUCUAAUAAUAAUUAUGAAAAAUAAGUAUGAUGCAAAUAAAAUGUAUAAC